CGCAGUGGACGUGGAGAUUCGGCCAGAAAAGCGACGACGCAGGCUCACGACCCGCAGUGAUGUCGCGAGUUUUGCGCGCGAAUCGCUCGCGUCGCGAUCAGUCGUAUUUCUUCGAGGCAUCGAUCUGCUUUCACGCUUCACUGAAAGUAGAACGAAUCGAUGUAGAUUCGGCUAAAUUAUAACGACCUCGAUUGCUCGUCGCAUUAACUUUCGAUUCUCAAAGCGAGUUGUACACAUAUGCGCGCGCGCGCGCGCACACGCACGUAGACACAGACACACGUACACACGUACACACAUAUACACACAUGCACACAGGUUCUGUGCCCCGGAGUUAAGCAGUUAGACGCUCAACUUGUCACGAAGGCCGUGCUGGUGCGGCUUUUCAAGUGACUUUUCUACGAGUGCGUGCUUGUAAUUGCUUCAAAGGAACCGACAGUUUGACGCCCCGGCACAUCAAUCAAGCAAUAUGAAAAGUAUUCGUGUUUCAAGUCGGAAGCUCAGCGUCUUGACGUGAGGCAAACUUUCGAUCAGCAGCAACGCACGAACAUUGCCGCAUUGUUGAUGAGAAUGAUGCGCGAGGCAGUGCGGUACGCAGCUAACCCCGCAUGAGCAGUUGGCAGACUGAGAGGUGAGAAGAACGGAGGAGCAAAGAAAACGAAGACACCGAGCUCCAGAGCGCGAGAGACAAAGAACGAGAGUGCGAGUCAACAUGCGAGUCGUCAUCUCUCUGGCCGUACGAGCCCUUUUGCUGAUCGUCGCUUUGACGUCGGGUGUGCUGUGCAUCAACAUCACUACAGUGGACAUCCCAUACUUGAUAAGAGCAGGCAGCACAGAUCCAACAGUGCUAGACUGCAAUUACGAGCUAGGCAAAUCGUCGACUCGUGGUUUAGUGAUCAAGUGGUUCGUGAAUCAAGAUGUGCUCUACCAAUGGAUACAUGGCAAGCAACCGGCAGGUAGCGAUGAAUUCAGAAAGUACAUCGACCCUUCGUUUAAAGCCAGUGACGAUCCCAACACCAUGUACAGAGCAGUGAAACUAGUCAAGCCCGGACACGAACUCAGUGGGAAUGUCAAGUGUCUCAUUUCUACUUAUUCCGACGAAGCUGAGGCUGUGCGAAAAAUGCUUGUCUACUCUCCGGCAAAAAGCUUACGGCUGCAUCAUCCGGUGCUGAAUAAAACUGCAAACCUCCUCACCGUCACUUGUCUAGCUGAAGACCUCUAUCCACGGCCUAAGAUCAUUAUUCAUCUGGACAGGAAACCGAUCGAAUUUCAACAACAAAGGUAUAAAAAUAAAACUGAUGGAAGAUUCAACGCUGAAGUAGUUGCUAUCUUGGAAGCUGACAGAGUCGGGCUGCCGGCAAUAUUCCGCUGCGAAGUUUCCAUACCGGAGGCCAAUUACACGUCUGCACAGGAAUAUGUCUAUAAUGGAAGCCAGGUACCAUGCUUAUCGUUACUAAUUUUCGCUCUAAACCUUAUUGGAUGCAAGAGGUACUAGUCGGGACAAAGCUGCUCGUCACCAAUAUGUCCAAGUGCCUACAUUAGGAAUCAAUAAGUGGACGAACACUCAUUAAUCUAAAAAUAAUAUGAAACUUAACAGAGACUUUCAUCGCUGUGCGCGAAAGGUAUUGACAAAGUUAUAAAAAAUGUGUCUAUAAUUUAAAAAAAAAAUUAAAUCUCGAGUGGAUAAAGUAAAAGCAAGUUAUGCAAGUUUAAGAUGUUGCCAACUUGUGUUUAUAUAAAUGUUAAUUAAGGUCUAAAUUUGACAACGUAUAAUAUGUGUGUACAUGUUUUACAAAAGAAGCUCGAAAACAAGUCUAAAUAACCGACACUCACAUAUGAGUCUGUAUAUAUACGUAUGUAUAUAAGUGAUUGUUUAACAGAAUAUAUACAUAAUUUGAUCGUUACUUCUACCUGCAUUAGCUGGUUUGUUCUAAGUCAAUGAAUCACUGCAUGUGACAGUAGCAAAUAUUAUGAAUUUAUAACAUUAUUGUUAAUGUAAAGUACUGUACAUACUCAUUACGUUUAUCAAUUAACAUAUUCAUUGAAGUCCGCAUCAAACUGAUUAAAUACUGCCUAACGUGUUUUGCAUUCAUUUUCAUAAUAUUAGAUAAAUUUAAUUACUUGCAAUUAACUUCGGACUUGAUGACAUGAGGUGGAUCUGAAUGUGAGCGAUUAAUGUAAUAUUAAAGAAAAUGCAUUG